CAGCUCCCGGCGUGCCCCGCACUCGCCGCUGCCCGCCCGCCCCUCCCUCUCCUCCUACCAGUGCCACAGAGCCGGAGCCGGAGCCGCCGCCGCAGCCACAGCCGCGGACACUAUGGCUUCUGGAGUUACAGUGAAUGAUGAAGUCAUCAAAGUUUUUAAUGAUAUGAAAGUAAGAAAAUCUUCUACACAAGAGGAGAUCAAAAAAAGAAAGAAAGCCGUUCUCUUCUGUUUAAGCGAUGACAAAAGACAAAUAAUUGUAGAGGAAGCAAAGCAGAUCUUGGUGGGUGACAUUGGUGAUACUGUAGAGGACCCCUACACAUCUUUUGUGAAGUUGCUACCUCUGAAUGAUUGCCGAUAUGCUUUGUACGAUGCCACAUACGAAACAAAAGAGUCUAAGAAAGAAGACCUAGUAUUUAUAUUCUGGGCUCCUGAGAGUGCACCUUUAAAAAGCAAGAUGAUUUAUGCUAGCUCUAAAGAUGCCAUUAAAAAGAAAUUUACAGGUAUUAAACAUGAAUGGCAAGUAAAUGGCUUGGAUGAUAUAAAGGACCGUUCAACACUUGGAGAGAAAUUGGGAGGCAACGUAGUAGUUUCACUUGAAGGAAAACCCUUAUAAAAUGCCAGUCAAGUGCCAUCUGGAUCUUAAGGAGCUUCCAUUUCUCCAGCUCAAUCAAUUGAAAUAGUGUUAGGUGUUUUUUGUUUUUGUUUUUGUUUUUUUUCUCUUCCCACUGGGUCCUUCCAAUACAGUGAAUGAAGGAAAUACCAUUCAUGUAAGCAGCCUAUCAGUGAUUGCCAUUAGACUGUUUAAUACUGUUACUUUUAUGUAGAACCCAAGGAAUGCCUUCCCGUCAUAUUUUAGCCAAAACAACUGGUUAUAUGCCUUCCUUGCAGCAAGCACUACAAUGAAAGUGAUUGUCAAUGUGAAUAGCUUAGAAUACUGCAAAGGGUAAGCUGAUUGAAUGCCUUGAAAGUAUUAUCCACUGGUCAGAUGGUAAACUUUAUUCAGUAUUAUUUAUAGUUGCACUUGAUUGCAGUUUUGUGAGGCUCGAGCAUUCAUACACCUCACCUGCCUUGGCAAGCCUAUUUUUGUGACAUGGCAGCACAGAUAUAACACUAUGCAUUGAAAGCACUUUUUUUGUAAUGAGUUUAACUCACCCUCCCUCCCCCAGAAGGAAUGCCAAUUAGGUUUUGUUAACGGUGUCAUCAACUUAUCCUAGUACCUCAGUAUUCAUUCCUGUUACCUGCAUAUCUUAAAAGAAACAGCUGUUAAUGCCUUUUUGUUUUCCAUUGAGUGUACACUACUGAAUAAGUGUAGGAGUUUAUGUUUACCAUGUAAGUUUUGCAACACUAAAAAUAUUUUGAAUAUCAGUCAUGAUGGCAAUUUCUGUAUAAAAGAGCCUUAAAUGGAACAUUGUUUUUGAGAUCAAACUCCCUACCCUCACAAAAAUGGCCACGUCGCAAUAAAAAUGGUGGCAUAUUA